UUUUACGAGGUAUACAUAGAAGCAAGCCUGUUUAUACUUUAUACUAUUUUUCUCCCUCCCGAAAUGCAACUCACCUGGCUGGCUAUUAUUUUUGUAUAUGGCCCUGCAUGGCGAAUGGGGUCCUUUUAACAGGCUGUGCAUUCCCCACUUCCCCCAGCUAUUCCCGUUCCCUGGCUCAACGUCGUCUCUCUCACCCAUAAAAGACAAACUUAAAAAUUCUGGCAUGUACGCACUUCAUUAACGGAUACUGUGCCAAUGCCACGUAUUCCUAAUCCAACCAUCCUAAGGGCGCAUCAGCAGCAUCCGCUUCUUCCGCUACUGCUCCGAGAAUGUCGCUCUCUUGAAUCUGCAAAAAGCGAACUUCGCUGGCUACAUGAGAGUGCUAGCCGCCUAGUUUCGUCCAAAAGGUUGGCGCGGUCGGCACAUACCCCCCUUGGGUGGAGGAGGUUACUUAGAUUGAAGUGCCAUGCUCGGUCGAAAGGGAAGCCCCUACAAUAUAUCCUUGGUGAUCAACCUUUCGGUGACCUUGAGAUUCUAUGUAAAAAGGGUGUGUUAAUUCCAAGAACAGAAACAGAGAGUUUCACCAUACAUGCUGCCAGACUGAUACUGGACGAUAUUCGAAAACAUGAGCGCCGUGGGGGCGAACAACAGGAACGCUGCCUGCGCAUAGCAGAUCUCUGUACAGGUAGUGGCUGCAUAGCGCUACUCCUGCAUGCGCUACUUGCUCCUCAUAUUCAUCAACUUUCAAUCCUUGGGAUUGAUAUUAGCCCUGUAGCCAUUGGACUUGCUAAUAGGAACCUUGCACACAAUGUUCAGCUGGGUCUGCUUUCGAAUCGUGCCGCAGCUGAUGUCUCUUUUCGACAAGGCAACGUUCUCGCGGCAGAAGAGGUGCUGCGUAGUGUCCAAGGGACUCCUUCCAAUGCGGAGCCAUAUUGUGACGUGCUCAUCUCGAACCCGCCAUAUAUAUCUCCCGAGUCAUUUCGAGACGGUACUACCUCUCGUAGUGUCCGAGUUUUUGAACCCAGACUUGCAUUAGUCCCUAUGGUCGACGCUUCUGAUUUACCACCCGGGGUUCAGAACGAGGAAGAUCACUUCUAUUAUCAUAUCGUUCUAUUGUCAUUCAAGAUACAUGCAAGGCUCGUGGUUCUUGAGUGCGGCAAUCGCUCACAGGCUGAGCGGGUAGCUGCAAUUAGUAGGACAUUGUCCAGCGCUUACCAGCUGGAAGCUAUGUCCAUAGCGAUAUGGCCUAGCGCUAGGGCAUCUAUUAGUGACCACAUUUCUGGGAAUGAGCCCUGUGUAGUUGUUAUACAUAAAUGAUUAUUACUGUCGGGUGUAGGGUUACUGGUAGGACUCCACGUGCAAUAUAAG